AUGAACAUUGAACGAAAUAUAAAUGAGAUAUGCACAAGUACAGAUGGGACCCCUGGGUCUGUCCUUGUGCAGUAUGCUACCAGGGAGAGAUGCUGCGGACAUGGUCUGGAUUUCCUGGAAACGAGUGCUUCAAAUGACGUGCCUGGAUUAAAGCCGUCUGGAAGUCCUGGUGCCGAUAAAGGAAAGACAAUCAGAAAAGCAGCUCUUAAAGAAAGUCUAAGAGUGGGAUGCUGGAAUGUGAGGUCCCUUUAUCAAACUGGAAAAUUGGCCAAUGUCAUCAGAGAAAUGAAGAUUCUGGGAAUAUCGAUUCUUGGUAUUUCCGAGGUUAGAUGGACAGGAAGAGGCGAUAUAAAAACAGAAGAAGGAUUCAGAUUCAUAUAUUCAGGAGGAAAGGAACAUGAACGAGGAGUUGGAUUUAUCAUUGAUAGGAAAACAUCAUGUAAAAUCGACGGAUAUUGGCAAAUAUCGGAUAGAGUCAUUGCCUUGAGGAUCAAGAUGAAACCAAGAGAUAUGUUGAUUAUCCAAACAUACCUACCUACUACAGAUCACACAGACGAAGAAGUAGAGGAAGUAUAUCAGCAAAUAAACCAAUGUAUUCAAGGAAAAGAUAAUAGAGAUAUUCUCCUAAUAAUGGGGGAUAUGAAUGCAAAAGUUGGAAGAGGAAGAGAAGGAAUUGUUAUUGGCCCCUGGGGACUUGGAGAACGUAAUGAUAGAGGUGAAAGAUUGAUUGAUUUCUGUAGGGAAAAGGGCUUGACUGUGAUGAACACAUGGUUCAAACAUCACGAAAGAAGACUUUAUACGUGGAAAGCCCCAGGAUCAAGGGGAAUCGAAGUUAGAAAUCAAAUAGAUUUUAUUUUGAUUAAUCAUAGAUACAGGAACACAAUUACAAAUAUAAAAACAUAUCCAGGGGCGGAUUGUGGCAGCGACCACAACCUCUUGCUCUCCGUGAUCCGAGUUAAAUUGAAGCACAUAAAAAGAAAUAGAAAUGAUAAAAGACUGAGAAUUGAUGAUUUGAAGAUUAACAACAUUAGGGAAAAAUAUGAGAGUAUGACUAAUAAUAGACUUCAAAAUUUAAAUUUGGAAGGAAAUGUGGAAGAACUUUGGGAGAAUAUGAAAGGGGAAAUUAAAGAAAGUGCUUACCAGGUUUUGGGAGAGGAGAGAAGAAAAGCAAGAAGACCUUGGAUUACGAAAGAAGUGUUGGAGAAAAUGGAUGAAAGGAGAAGAUGGAAAAGCGCAAAUACAUUAGAUGCUAAAGAAAAAUAUAGAACAAUCGAUAAACAAGUGAAAAGUAUGGAAUUAACUUCCUCAGAAUUCAGGAGAAAGUUAAUUCCUGUUCCAACAUUCAUGGGAUUUUAUUGGAAAAGUCCCUACAAUAGUGUCAACAUAGAUAAACGUUAA